AUGCCGGCGUUCAAGGCCCCGGCGCCGGGCUUCGCCGUGCGCUUCAGCCCGUUCCACGAGAACCGCCUCCUCGCCGCCACGUCGCAGCACUUCGGCCUCGUGGGCAACGGCCACCUCAUCGUCCUCGACCUCGCCGCCGCCGGGCCCGGGGCCGCCCCGGCGCCGGUCUUUUCCUUCCCGACCUCCGACGCGCUCUUCGACUGCGCGUGGUCCGAGUCCCACGACUCCCUCUGCGCCGCCGCCUCCGGGGACGGCUCCGUGCGCCUCUUCGACGCCGCGCUCCCGCCGGCGCAGAACCCCGUGCGCCUCCUCCGCGAGCACGCGCGGGAGGUGCACGGCCUCGACUGGAACCCCGUCCGCCGGGACGCCUUCAUCUCCGCCUCCUGGGACGACACGCUCAAGCUCUGGUCCCCCGACCGCCCGGCCUCCGUCCGCACCUUCCGGGGCCACGAGUACUGCGUCUACGCCGCCGCCUGGUCCGCGCGCCACCCGGACGUCUUCGCCUCCGCCUCCGGGGACAGGACCGCGCGCGUCUGGGACGUCCGGGACCCCGCGCCCACGCUCAUCCUGCCCGCGCACGACCACGAGGUGCUCUCGCUCGACUGGGACAAGUACGACCCCUCCAUCCUCGCCACCGCCUCCGUCGAUAAGUCCAUCCGCGUCUGGGACGUGCGCGCGCCGCGGGCGCCCGUCGCGCAGCUCGCCGGACACGGCUACGCCGUCAAGCGGGUCCGUUUCUCGCCGCACCGCCAGGGCAUGCUCAUGUCCUGCUCCUACGAUAUGACCGUCUGCAUGUGGGACUACCGCAAAGAGGAUGCUCUGCUCGCCAGGUACAACCACCACACCGAGUUCGUCGCGGGCAUCGACAUGAGCGUCCUCGUCGACGGCUUGCUCGCCAGCACCGGAUGGGACGAGAUGGUCUACAUCUGGCCAUUUGGGACCGAUCCAAGAGCCAUGUAG